GGAAAUUCGAGUUCCCGCCACCAGCCUCAGCUCCCGGCGCGGACGUGACUGUUCCCGAACAGGCAGGUGCCGCGCCAUGUAUGGACAGUGACGCCUGACGUCAUGGCGCGCGAAGAGGUCUGACGGGAGCGAGUGCGUCACGCGCGUUCCCUGCUCCUCUGCUCCUCCUUGCCCCAAUAUUCGCCGCGCUCAAUCUUCUUAUAACGGCCUCUGCCUGCGCUUGUUCUACCUACCAUUUCACGACCCAACGCCACGACCCACUUCCACGACCAGCCACCUCUCUGAACCAACACAGUACCCAUCAUGUCUCUCAACGACAAGGACAUCACCCUCGGCGGUAACAAGGGCGUCGACACUCACCCCGGCGUCGCUAACCCGACCAGCUCGUCCAACCACGCUGACCCGCUUGGCUCCAACUUCGUAUCGGAUCCGACGUCUGAUGACCUCGGCGCCGGCGCUGGCCCAAACUUCUCCGGCAACCGCGAGGCGGCGCGCAACUUCAGCAAAACCGCUGGCGUCAUCGAAGGCCGUCCCGGCAUCAUCGAGUCCGUCAACAUCGACCCGCUCAACGAGAACUCGAACAAAUAUGACGGCUGGGCGAACGCGACUAACGCGCCCUCAUCGACUGGUGCCACCGUCGGCUCCACCGCGUCCUCGUACGGGGCUAGCGCAACCACCGCUGCGGAGAACGCAGCAUCUGUCGCAACCGGUGCAGCCAAACUCGCAUACGGACAUGCAGUCGGCGACGAAGUGACGAAGCAGGCGGGCAAGGAAGCUGUCUGGGGCAAAGCAAGCAACUGAGGGACCGACGCUUGGAAGGGGAUUACUCAACUUGUACAUCUUGGGAAUUGUACGUUGUAAUGCAUCACUAGGACUCAUAGGCCCCCUUUUGAGUGACGCGGAUCGAUCUGCCAUUGAGUCGGGAGUUGGGAACUGCGAAG